AUGUACUUCUCAAGAGCCGCCAUUGCGUCCGCCCUCGUUGGGUUUGGAGCCGCAACCACACACUCAGCCGAAGCCGCCGCCGCGGCCGCCACCGGCGCAGUGCCAGCUGGAAUGGUAGCUACGCACGUUGUUCAAGUCGGCUCCAAUGGAUCCCUCACCUUCAGCCCGGAGAACUUGAAGGCGAACGUGGGAGAUCUCGUCCAGUUCCAGUUCCACCCCAAGAACCACUCCGUCGUCCAAUCCACUUUCGACCAACCUUGUGUGCCUAUUGUCAACGUACAGGGAGUCAACGCAACCAACGCCUUCUUCUCUGGUUUCAUGCCCACCAAUGCCUCCGUCACCGCGACCUCGCAAGUUCUCACAUAUACCAUCCGUGUCAUGGACACCAAGCCCGUAUGGUACUACUGCUCGCAAGGCAAGCAUUGCCAGGGUGGUAUGGUCGGAUCCAUCAACGCCGCUACUUCCGGUAACAAGACCAUGUCAGCUUUCAAGGCUCUUGCAGCCAAGGCACCCGCAAACAUCACCCCUAGCCAGGGAUCUACCGGUUCCGGCUCCGGCUCUUCAUCCAACGGCACUAGCUCUGGAACUCCAUCUGGAAGCGGAUCGGGAGCUGGCGGAGCUGGUGGAGCUGGAGGUGCUGCUGGAGGUGCUGGCGGCUCGGCCUCUGGAACCGCUGCCAACAGCCCAGCCGUACAAACCAACAACCCAGCAACCAGCCUCCAAGACAAGCAGUCCAUGUUUGGUCUCUCCGUCGGUGUUCUCGCCGCGUUCUUGGUCUUGUAG